GGCCGGAAGAGGUCUUUGUGUGCGUUCCACGCUGUAAAAAAAAAAAGUGGCGGUGGUGGUUUGGUAGGAGACUCUCAGGGACAUGUCGGAGAAGGCGCUGCGGGUAUUGGCCUGCGGCGACGUCUACGGGAAGUUUGACGUCCUGUUCAACCGGGUGCGCCAGAUUCAGAAGAAGAGCGGACAGUUUGAUUUGUUGUUAUGUGUUGGGAGUUUUUUCGGAACUGGUCCAGAAAGUGACGCUCUAUGGCAGGAAUAUAAGUCUGGGGCAAAGCAAGCUCCUAUUCAGACCUACGUCCUUGGCGCAAAUAAUCAAGAAACGGUGAAAUAUUUUCAAGACGUCGAAGGCUGUGAAUUGGCGACCAAUAUAACCUACCUAGGUCGUAAAGGAGUAUUUAACGGUGCCUCCGGCCUCCAGAUUGCCUAUCUAAGCGGCAUAGAGUCCUCCAGCGAACCAGCCCCUGCCUACUGCUUUGUCGCGAAGGAUGUAAUGUCCCUGAAAGUGUCCCUAACUUCAAAUUCCAAAUUUAAGGGCGUGGACAUAUUACUGACGUCUCCAUGGCCCAAAGAGGUCUGGAAUUACGGCAAUGCCCCGACGGAUAUAGAUGUGAAGACCUGCGGAUCUGCGUCGGUCGCCAGUCUCGCCGCCACCUUAAAGCCUCGAUAUCACUUCUCUGCACUGCAAGGAGCAAACUAUGAGCGGCUCCCAUACAGGAACCACUUGGUCUUACAAGAAAAUGCCCAGCACGUCAGUCGGUUCAUCGCCCUGGCAAGUGUUGGCAAUCCUGGUAAGAAGAAGUACAUCUAUGCCUUCAACAUUGUGCCGAUGAGUGGGACGGAUUCAGCUGAGCUGGUGAAGCAGCCACUAGAUGUCACCGAAAACCCAUAUAGGAAGUCGGGGAAGGAUGAGAAGAAGACUCAGAGGAGUAAGGCCUUGGAGGAGGAAGAGCCGGCGCAGCAGUUUUUCUUCGACUUGAAUAGGCAGCAAGGAAAGAAACGGCAGUCUGACGGGAGGGGUGGGCACCAGGGCAAACAGCCCAAGAAACACCCUCAGCCCACCGGACCCUGCUGGUUCUGUCUCGCCAGUCCUGAAGUGGAGAAGCAUCUGGUGGUCAGCAUUGGGGAACAUUGCUACGUGGCUUUGGCCAAGGGCGGCCUGACCUCGGACCACGUGCUCAUCCUGCCCAUCGGACACUACCAGGCCAUGGUGGACCUCUCUUCUGACGUGGUCGAGGAGUGUGAGAAAUACAAAGCCUCCCUGAAGAAGUUCUACAAGUCAAAGGCCAAGAGAUACGUCAUGUUCGAGAGGAACUAUAGGAGUCAGCACCUCCAGCUGCAAGUGGUCCCUCUGCCAUUAAGCUGUUGUGCCACAGACGACAUUAAAGAGUCCUUUAUCGUGCAAGCUCAGGAACAGAACAUAGAGCUGCUGGAGAUCCCGGUGCACACUGACAUCAAGCAGAUUGUACAGCCCGGAACCCCGUAUUUUUACGUUGAAUUGGAUAAUGGAGAAAAACUUUUUCACAGGAUUAAGAAAAACUUUCCAUUGCAGUUUGGAAGGGAGGUACUGGCCAGUGAAGCCAUUCUGAAUAUACCAACCAGAGCGGACUGGAGGGCUUGUAAGCUCAGCCAAGAUGAGGAGGAGAGCCAGGUCAAGGCCUUCAGAAAAGACUUUGAACCAUUUGACUUUUCGUUAGAAGACUGAAAUUUUGAUUUUCCAAGGUUUUUUUUUGUCUUUAAAUACAAUAGAUUUCAUUGAUGAGACUGUUUGUUUAUAUGGGUGGAUCCGUGUUUUACAUAAAACAGUGAGGUCUAUGAGCUUUUCCCUCUGCCCCUUUUUUAUAUUGUAUAUUCUGUAAACCCCGUUCCCCUUACUUUUUGGUUACAUCUACAGAACAAUACUAUGAAAAACCAAAUGAUUACAAAUCUCCGUCAGUAUAAUAUAUACAGGCAGGAUACACAGCACUGCAAAAGUAAUGCAGCAUGUAUUAUAUGUAUGUGAUCAUGUCCCCUUGUGGGACUAAUAAAAGGUUGUUCUGAGGAAAAAAAAAAAAAAUAUAUAUAUUUUUUAUUGAUUUAUUAAUGAAAAAAAACAAACUAUACAAGAUUUAUAAACUCAGGUUUUACCAAUCCCAUCACAUUAUUUAUCCUGCAAGAAGCAAUGGCAGAAUUUAAAUUUUUUUCCCUGCUUAUCCCACUUUCCAUUAAAUGGAAUUAAAAGUCAUUAAGUUGUAUGUACCAAUAUAAACAUCCACUUUUACAGCACAGAGAUAAACCAUAAUAAGACUACAUUAAUGGGAAAAUCUAAAUGUUGUGGGUUUUAUUGUGCAAAUCCAGAAAAGCAAACUAUAUGAAUUUGGACAGAAACAAAACAAAAUAGUAUAGAUGAAAUACAAAUACAGCCCAAAAAAUCCCAGAACAAAAGAAAACAUCUGCACUCUUAGGGGGUUAAAGGGGGUACUCCGCUGCUCAGCGUUUGGAACAAACUGUUCCGAACGCUGUAGCCGGCGCCGAGAGCUCGUGAUGUCAUAGCCCCGCCCCUCAAUGCAAGUGUAUGGGAGGGGGCGUGACAUUAUGAGGGGGCAGAGCUAUGAUGUCACGAGCUCCUGGCUCCAGCGUUCGGAACGGCACAUCGGGCAACAGCGGGUCCCGAUGAAUCCCAUUGACUAUAAUGGGUUCCGUCAGGCGCCGUUGUUUUUGUAGCGGUAGUAGCACUCCUUUUGUCUCCUGCUAUUCUCCUCUCUUUUCUUGACGUUCGCUGCCUGCUGGCUCACAACGGCAGUGUGAAAGGGACCUUUACAUGAGAAAGUGUUCUAGGCA